GUUCGGCGAGCACGCGACAAGCUGCUUUCAGCGUUGGAAGGAAAUCCGGUGAUCGAAGGUGGCAGCGACGAAGAGAUGAACCGCAUCAUCAUCUACAAGGGCCGCCCUCUGAAGGCGCAGCUACUUCACUUCGCGGUAUGGGUCUCCGCCCGACUGAAGGAGAGCACAUGCGUCGAAAGGCUACUCCCGUUGCUGUCCGAGCAGGACCUUUUUGCCAAAGCCAAGCACCAGACACGACCAGGCAGCACAGACGAGACUUGGUUGGACUCCAUCCACAUCGCUGCCGGUUUAGGAGCUGUGGGCGUGAUGGAGGUCUUGCGCGAUCAUGUCGUGCUCCAGGCGAAGGCCAAGACGCAGUCGCACUACGUGAACACCCCCUGUCUGGUCCAUCACCGGCCAGAGCACGGCCAACCCUGGGAAGAGGAGUAUUACAUCCCGCUGCACGAUGCCACCAAUGCCGGCAACAUCGAAGUGUCCAUGUGGCUGUUGAUGCACGGGGCAGAUGCCCGCGCCAAGAACAAGGACGGGGUAACUCCUCUCCACUUCGUCGCCCUGCGAGGCGUGGUUGGAGGGAUUGAAAGCGACGACGAGGUCAUCCGAUUGGUGCAAGUCUUGUGCCAACGCGGCGCAUCUCUGGAGUCGAGGAUACCAAUGUCGCAUCCCGACCCCUUGAUGCGUGGGAAGGUCCCCCUUGAGCUGGCCGCCACCGACCAGAGUCGAUUCCCUAAGCAUGUGAUGCACAUCCUGGCCCCCUGCUUGAACAACCAGUCUGGUGGGGAACCCCGCUUCUUUUCCGACAUUUGCUUCCUACUGAGCCUGAACACGGAGGCUGCGGAGGAGGUAGUGAAAGAGUUGGUCCGGAGAUCUUUGAAGCAGCCGGAGCUGCUGAACUCCUUUCGCCUAGAUGCGCAGCAGCCCGGACGGACGGAUAGCAUGGCCGCGGUCUUGUACAUUUCCCCGAGCGCAGCGGCGGACAUGCUUGACAUGCUCAUUGUGUCACCGGAGGUCCAGGACGUCUCGAAACACAACAUUCCACCGAGGACUACCUUCGGUGCUGGCCUGUCAUCUGAAGUCAUGAACUGCACUUACCGGCCCGAUGUCCUCGUGCGAGAUGGCGUGAUGCUUCCGUGCUGGAAGUUCGACAGCCAGAAGGACAUCAGCCAACAACCUGGCAUCCAGUGGCACUCCUCGUUCAUGCCGGAGGUGUCCAAGUCCGGAAGCGGUCGAAAUGCCGUGAACGUCUCCGUUCGGGCAACGCUCCUGCCCAACAUGCUCGACAUUGACAUCAUGAUGGCCGUGUCACAGGUAGAGCAGGAGGACUUGACUGUGUUCUCGAAGCUGUCCAUCAAGGGCAUUGUUCACUGCCUUUGGAGCAAUCUCAUCGAGUCAGUUUGGUUGGCGAGUCUUCUCUUCCACAUGGUGGAGCUGUUUGCUUUCAUUUGGUGGGGUCUCUCCGGCCAGACGCACAUGCACGAAGAUCACAGCUCCAUCCGCGCUGGGUUAUGGAUCAUCAUGACCGGUGGCGGCCUGCGGGAGAUGAUCCAGCUGGGCAUUCUGGGCUACAAUUGGCACAAGAAAAGAUCUGCCCACCAAGACUUCACGAUGCGAAGUAUGUGGGACUACCGAUCCAAGUUGAUCACAACCUGGUGCAUGCCAACGCUGGCGCUGGCCAUGAUUCAGGUUGUGUUUACUUACGGUGCCAUCAGCCAGCAGCAGCUUCUCCCACACUCCCAGGAGGUGGUGCUGAUGGUGGGCUGCGUUCUGCUAAAGAGCUGGCUUUGCAUUUACAUGGCGAGACUCCACACCAGCGGCGUUCGCAUCCACGCCAUCUCCAGCUCUUUGCUUGGUGCGGCGACAAAGCAGAUGAUUGUCAUCACCUUGAUGAUCUUCGCGUCGUUCUCACUGGCAUUUCUCAUUGUGGCGAAGGGGAAGGAUCAUGGUUGGGUGCUUGCUUCCGCCUACCGAGGACUGCUCUUCCAUGACGGGAAUGGCCUCGAUAAUCUGGGCCUGAACGUUCACGAGGACAUGUUUGAGAAGAACGACAUACUCAUGAUGAUUGUGAACCUCAUCGGGUCUACGUUCUUCAACAUCAUUGUCCUGAAUCUGAUUAUUGCCGUCUACAGCAACGAGUAUGACCGCGUCCAGCAUCAGACACCGCAGUAUUUCCUGCUUGCCCGGGCCAAGUACUGCGUCAUGUACUACCUUUCCUGCAGCCUCGUCGGCUGGCAUGGCGCUGAUUUCCAGCGUGCCCUGAGACUGGCCUCGGGAGUUGGCGCAGCUCUGUCCUUGCUACUUUUCCGCAGUUGA